GUUCCAUUUAACAGUACCGUUGUCUCACCGGGCGAUUUUUAGUACUGCACACAGUGUUAACGACCACAAACACAAACCACACACACAGCCGGAGCGUCAGACUGUCCGGGGGGUCCGACGAUGGAGGGAGUCGGGUCGAGGCUGGGCCGGGCAUCGUCCCGGUACGGCCCAGCCGCCGCGGUGUUCAGCGGCCCAGUGAGGAAGUGGAAGAAGAGGUGGGUCCACGUGCCGCAAUCCUACCACAGCUCCCAUCCCCAAUCCAACGGCGGGAGUAGCUCUCGCCUCCUCCUCUGCCGGUGGACCCCCACCUCUUCCAGCACAGUCACCGAUUCCGGCUCGGCUGUCUCCGCUGAAGAGCCGCCGAAACGCAAGUUCCGCUACACUCCUAUUGCUGUGCUAGAAGAACAGAAAAAGGCAGGCAUCAAAAAGUCCGAAGAUGAAGCUAACAUGAGUUGGACCAACCAAUCUAUGAAGCCGAACAUUGAUGAAGUUUUGAAUAAAGGAACUCAGGUGAUGUUGUUAGGAUUCAAAUGUAAGUUGUUUGGAUUUGGGUUUGUGCUUGAAAGGCCACGAUGACAACCUUGAUUCUGUUGGCCAGAACACAGAGAAUCAGAUGAAGAGUGCCAGCAUUGAUGUUGAGUUCCUUCUGAAGACAAACUGACUUUAAAAAAAAAAAAAAAAAAAAUGCUUCUGCAAUAAGAUGAAGUCAGCAUUUGGCAACCUUGUGGACAUUGCAUAUCGUACAAUCAUGUAAUUAAGUCGUAGGCUGGUUUCUAGGGAAAUGGCUUUGACCAUUUUAGUGCCUGUAUAUGAUGUUCACCUCUGUAGCUAACAAAGACUCCUGCAAUGUAGUACCCAGAAAAGAGCUACAUAACCCCGUUCUGCUAUGGCUGUCAAUCUGAUGCUCUGUUGUCUGGA